GCCCAAUGGGCCUUGAAGUAAAAAUAUAUAAAACUCUACUUAUUCCAAAAAAAUAUUCCAAUAUCUCGCGAACGUCAUCGCCACUUUCCUUCCGAUCAAGUUUGCCGGAGUUGAUAUUCUGUUUUUGAUUAAUCGUCAGCGAUGGGAGGCCACGGCGGUUUGAACAUCCUGCCGCAGAAGCGGUGGAACGUGUACAACUUCGACAACAGAGAGAAAGUCCGCAAAGACGAGGAAGCCGCCGCCAAGGAAGCUCAGAUCCAGCGCGAGGAAGCCAGGAAACGCGACGCCCAGUCUCGUCUCGAGGUCCUCCGCAACGUCCGCGGCUUGGCUCCUCUCAAACGACCUUCUCCUCCCGAGGCAGACAAGGUCAAAGAUACUCCCGCUCCUCCCUCUCCCGCAAUUGCUUCAACCUCCGCGGCGAAGGCUGUGAAGAUUGCUGAGCCGGAGGAGCCGAAGACAGGCCACAUCAACCUCUUCGAAGGGAUUAAGAUCUUCGAUCCGAUCGAGUUACCGAAGAAGGAUGGCAAUAAGCCUGGGGAGGAGGAGGAUCACAGGAGGAAGAAGAUGAGGAAAGAAGCCGCCGCGACUGCGAGAGCCUCUGCGAAGGAUGCUGCAGCGAGAGCAGGGGAUCCGGAUGAGGAGAAGUAUAGGUUGGGGUAUGGUGUUGCUGGUAAAGGAGUGAAGCUUCCUUGGUACGUUGAGAACAAACGCAAGUAUGCAGAAGAUGAUAGAGUUGGUGGUGGUGAGGAGGAGGAUGGUAGAAGUGAAUGUAAGAAGAAGAAGAGUGGGAAGAAGAGCUUGAAGGAGCUGAGGGAAGAGCGGUUGAAGAGGGAGAGGGUUGAGAAGGAAAGAGAGAGGGCACUUUUCAGGAAACAGAGCCAGAGAAGCGGUGGCUUUUCACGUAGAUGAGAAAGCUUCAAGGUUUUUUUACUUAUAUAUUAAUUCACACUUGAUUAACAAAUUAGUUUCCAAAUUUAAUGCUUGUACUUCGUUUGUGUUUAUAGUUUGGAGUGUGAUAUUAAUUUACCAGUUGCUAGACACGAGCAUAUUUUGAAGUUCAGAGAAGCUUUGUUGUGUUA